AUGUUAAAACUUGCUUUUCCAGAGAGAUGGAAACUUACAGCGGCUAUAGGCUUCUUGUCCAUCUCGAGUGCAGUUACCAUGUCGGCUCCCUUUUUCCUGGGUAAAGUCAUUGACACCAUUUAUUCCACUGGAUCAGACCCAGAAACAAUAGCAGCGUCCCUCACAUCCUUGUGCCUCAUGCUCUCUGGGGUGUUUCUCUGUGGUGGAGCUGCUAAUGCUGCCCGAGUGUACCUCAUGCAGACCUCCGGUCAGCAAAUUGUCCGUAAUCUCCGCGAUUCAGUCUUCUCCUCCAUUCUGCGGCAAGAAGUGGCUUUUUUUGAUAAAAAUAGGACGGGAGAGCUUAUCAACCGUUUGUCUGCUGACACCACUGUGGUUGGCCGUUCAAUAACAGACAACUUGUCUGAUGGCUUGAGGGCUGUUGCUCAAGCGGUCGCGGGUGUCAGUAUGAUGUUCUAUGUGUCUCCCAGUCUGGCCAGCUUUGUGCUGCUGAUAGUCCCUCCUGUGGCAGUCCUUGCUGUGGUUUAUGGCAGAUAUCUUCGUUCCAUCUCCAAGAAAACACAAGAUGCACUAGCGCAGGCCACUCAGUUGGCAGAGGAACGAAUCAGCAACAUUCGCACUGUCCGGGCCUUUGGUAAAGAUCUUUCAGAGGUCGUCGCAUACUCCCAGAAAACUGAAACUGUCCUCAGUUUGGCCAAAAAGGAAGCAGUGAUCAGAGCUGGCUUCUUUGGGGUGACUGGACUGAGUGGAAACAUCAUGAUCUUGUCCGUGCUCUAUAAAGGAGGACUUUUGAUGGCCAACCAGCACAUGUCAGUGGGAGAACUGUCCUCUUUCCUCCUGUACACCUUCUGGGUCGGCAUUAGUGUCGCAGGCCUCAGCAAUUUCUACUCUGAAAUGAUGAAGGGUUUUGGGGCAGGUGCCAGACUGUGGGAACUGUUGGACAGGACGCCUCAGCUUCCUCUAAAUGAAGGUCUAGUCUUGGAUGCAGAUAAGAUGAAGGGGCAUCUGGAAUUUUCUGAUAUUACUUUUGCCUAUCCCACUCGAAAAGAAGCUCCGAUCUUCCAGAACCUCAGUCUCCUGGUGCCUGCAGGUUCCAUUAUGGCUGUUGUGGGGUCCAGUGGUUCAGGAAAAUCCACCCUGGUCUCACUGCUGCUCAGGCUCUAUGAUCCUGACACUGGAGUUAUUACACUAGACGGCCAUGAUAUCAGAGAUCUCAACCCUUACUGGCUCCGUAGCAUCAUAGGAACAGUAAGCCAGGAGCCUGUGCUGUUUUCUUGUUCGAUCAGAGACAACAUCACAUACAGUGCUUUAGAACCAAGUGCUGUAACAACAGAAGAGAUUUAUCAAGUGGCCAAAGCAGCAAAUGCAUACGAGUUCAUCCAGGCCUUUCCAAAGGGUUUUGACACUGUAGUGGGAGAGAAAGGAGUUCUGUUGUCAGGAGGACAGAAGCAGAGGAUAGCAAUAGCCCGAGCCCUACUUAAGAAUCCCAGGAUCUUGCUCUUGGAUGAAGCCACAAGUGCUUUAGAUGCAGCAAAUGAGUUCUUGGUCCAGGAAGCAUUAGAGCGGUUAAUGGAAGGAAGAACUGUCUUGAUUAUUGCCCACCGCCUCUCUACAAUACAAAAUGCAAAUGCUGUGGCCGUUUUGGACCAGCAGCGGAUUGCAGAGUGCGGCCAACACACAGAACUACUGAGCAACAGAGAAGGGCUGUUUAGGAGACUGAUGGAGAAGCAGGCGUUUCUGCAAGAAAAGCAGAAACGAGCCCUGAGUUAA